CAACAACAACAGUUGCAACAACAACAGUUGCAACAACAACAACAGUUACAACAACAACAACAGUUACAACAACAACAACAACAGUUACAACAACAACAACAACAGUUACAACAACAACAACAGUUGCAACAUUGAUGCAGCAUUUGCAACCUGCAUCAUCAACAGUAACUUCUAGGUAAACUAAGUCUAUCCUCAACAAGAAGAGGAAAAGCAGAAGGAUCUACUAACACCUCAGGUGGGGAAAAAUUGUGAGUAUCGGCUGCAGGAUAUAUCCCCAGCUCAGGCAGCCACUGCCUGGCUACGAGUCGGACCAUUGUGUCAGCAGGGCAGACCUACCGCCAUCCCCUGCCUCCCCCGUCCCAGCCUUUCGUGCAUACGUAUCUAGGAAGUGUGGCAGUAGCACUUCUCACCUGUUAAGUGCCUGGUGAGGAAAAACCAUCACAGGAAGUUACUACUGCAUCUGGAAGUGCAUCAGCAAGUGUGGCAGCAGCACUUCUCACCUGUUAAGUACCAUCAUAGGAAGUUAUUACUGCAUCUGGAAGUGCAUCAGCAAGUGUGGCAGUAGCACUUCUCACCUGUUAAGUGCCUAGUGAGGAAAAACCAUCACAGGAAGUUACUACUGCAUCUGGAAGUGCAUCAGCAAGUGUGGCAGCAGCGCUUCUCACCUGUUAAGUACCAUCACAGGAAGUUAUUACUGCAUCUGGAAGUGCAUCAGCAAGUGUGGCAGCAGCACUUCUCACCUGUUUAAGCAUCUAGUGAGAAACAAACAUCACAAGAAGUGAGCAGUAUAGUGUAUCUGGCAUAAUAAUAAUACAGGCAUCAAGGAUCUAUAGGGGCACUGCUCUUUUUGUGAUUGCUUAUUUUUUAUUACAGUACUUGUUUGUAGUCUCAGUUGCAAAGUUCUGCUCAUGGUGUCCCAUCAUUAAUAUUUAGUUGGUCAUAUAAUUUUUUAAAUUGUUGAAUGAUUGUAACAUUCACUAUCACAUCAAUCUCUUGCGCUGUUUACUUGCAGUUUAUCAGUGCACCAAAAGAAUCAGGCCUACACUGAUACCAAAUGGUGCUUUAAAGCUCUGGUGUCAGAAACACUUCAUUUAUAUUGUAAACACAUGGUCACCUUGUAUUCUGAUUACUUAAACUCAUCUAACAGUGUCCUGAAGCUCUGGUGUCACACUUCAUAUACAGUAUAACUGUAUAUAGCUCACCUCAGUAUCAUGACUACUAAAACUCGUCUAACAGUGGCACCAGAGAGUGUCAUGAAGCCCUGGUGUUAGAAGAUUAGGUUAGGUAAGAUUCAGCAGGAAACAGGACAAGUGUUUCCUGACCCGGGUCGUAUGUGAUCUUUUGGUCAUCUUACCGAGGCCUUCCACUGGCUCACCCAUCCACCACUUGAAAAUUAAUUUGAUGAGCUUUUUUCUUUUUACUGGUGUUAGAAAUACUUGACAUAUAUAGUGCCAAUAUGUGAACCUCGCCUCAACAUCAUCCUGAUUACAAAGGUUCGUCUAACACAAUAUAGGAAGACUACAGUAGAGAGAAGUAAUUUAUGUGUUUGUGUUUUGAGUAAACCUUAGAUAUAAUAGACCUCAAAAUAAACAGACUUUGGAAAUACGGGACAAAAUUUGCAGCCGUCUGAUUUGGAAACAGUGGACAAAAUACUCUGGUCACAAAAUUGUUCAUUAUUGUUAUGAUGGUAACAACACAGUCUACACAUCCACUCUAUAUUAAGUGGCUUAAUAUAGAGCUUAGUCUAUAUUUAUCUUAGCAACAGUAUGCACAUCAGGACAAAUUCACUGGUAUGGAUUUUAUUUAAAGACCUUUAAAACAAACUCUUUUAUACAGUACAUAGCAAUGAGAUUUCAACCAAAAUUCUGUAAGGAUAUAAUAUUUUUUUAGUAUUUUAGGAAACUUUAAAAUACCUAAAAGUACUUUUCUCGCAAAAGAGGAAAGCAUUAGUAUAAGAAGAUUCGUGCAUUAAAAUUUUAUUUCCGAAUUGACAUGAAAAACUGAUUCAGUUCUCAUAGUUCAGAUAUAAAAGUCGCCUCUGUCAUCCUAGUGAUGACUCGAGGGACCACUGCCUCAAUGGCCAAGUCUCGAGGAACCAGGAAGAGCACCAAUGUUAGUGACAAAAUAACUGCUAGUGUAACGCCUCAGAGGGAUGACAAAAAUGAGAAAUUGUAUCAUUGUUCAGAGUGUUCAAAAAGCUUUAAAAGUAAAUGUUAUGUAGACAAACACAUGAGAGCUCAUACAGGGGAGAAACCUUAUCAUUGUGAAAUAUGCCUAAAAAGUUUUUCAUUUCACUCUAAUCUGUAUAUGCAUAUGAGAAUUCACACAGGGGACAAACCAUAUCAGUGCUCAGAGUGUCUGAAAGAAUUUUCAUACAAAAGUGUUUUAAUGAAGCAUAUGAACACUCACGCAGAAGGUAAACAAUAUCAGUGCUCGAAGUGUCAGAGAGAGUUUUCUCACAAAGGUGCUUUAUUAAACCACAUGAGAAGUCACUCAAAAAAUAAAAUACACAAGUGUUUAGUGUGUGAAAAAGUUUUUGCUGCAAAGAAUUGUGUGGUGACACACAUGAAAACACACACAGGGGAGAAACCAUACCAGUGUUCAAUGUGUUCGAAAGACUUUGUGCAGAAAUGUGUGCUUUUAAAGCACAUGAGAAUUCAUGAAGGGGAACAACCAUUUCCUUGUCCAGAAUGUCUAAAACGCUUUUCAGACAAAUGGCACUUAGAGUCUCACAUGAGAACUCAUACAGGAGAGAAACCAUAUCAGUGUUCAAUAUGUGGAAAAGCUUUUCCUCUCAAAAGUAGUUUACAGUAUCACGUAAGAACUCACACAGGUGAGAAUACGUAUCAGUGUUCAGUGUGUCAAAAAGUGUUUUAUAAGAAAAACUAUCUUAUGAUGCACAUGAGAACUCACACUGGUGAUAAACCAUAUCAGUGUACAGAGUGUCAAAAAGACUUUACUUACAGAAGUUCUUUGGCGAGGCAUAUGAGAAUUCAUGCAGGUGAAACACCAUAUCAGUGUUCAAUGUGUGAAAGAGGCUUUUUAUACAAAAGUACCUUAUUGUGUCACAUAAAACGUCACAUGGAGAAGAAAGGGCACAAGUGUUCAUUGUGUAAAAAAGUUUUCCCAAGGAAACUUCUUCUGACAAAACACUUGAAAACUCACAAAAUCAAGAAACCAUAUUGUUCAGUCUGUCUAGAUUUUUCAGCAAAAUCUGUGCUUGUGAUACAGAUGGGAACUAAAGGAGGAAAGAAACCGCAGCCUAUUUCAGAAUGUCUUAAAUGUUUUAAAAAGAAAAUUGGAAAUUUUGAGUAAUGUUAAAAGUCUACACCCCUUUUGUAGACAUUUAACACUUGUUACCUUUGACCUGGCAGUUUGUUAAAGCUGGAGAAAGCAUUUUUGCUUUUAUAGCUGAGAUGUCAUGCUGUGUGCCUGCAUCAUUGGCUACUUGGUAGUCACUGACAUUUGGGUCCUAGAUAUUUUAUGUGUGAAUCCUAGAGUCCUAGAAGUAGGAUGGGUGUGGUUGCAGUUCCCUGUGCACACAUUACUGUACAGUAAACAACAGAACUGAGGAUGUCUUACUCAAUCUGUCUGAUGUAACCCAUGAUAUGCCCAGAUGAGGGCAUAACAAACUGUGACAGGCUUUGACCCAGUAACAGAGUUUGUGGAAAUUAGUGUGGAAUACAGCUGGUGCUGCUUUUCAGUUGCUACGAUCUGGUUGCGUUUAUCUGUUUCGAUCAGUUGUCAUCAGCUACCCACCAUCUUUCUCGUUGCAGUACUGCCUUUCUCAUCCUUCUGGUAAUGCAUUCUGUCAUGAUAGCAGUACUGAUCCUGCAUGUUGGGUAUGUGGACUUUAUCACUGAAAUGUUUGACACCAAGUUUGCUUACUGCCAUUAACCCCACCAUUUCCAUUCAAGCUGCUGCUCCUGCUCUCCAGCCCUUUUUCUGAUCUGAUUAAGCAGAUCAGAAAAAGGGUGAUCAGGAGCAAGACUGUGCCACUGUUAAACCAGUCCAGCUGCCACUAAGCCAGCAUAGAUGUCAUAACUCAAAACCAGUGCAGCACCUAUCUGUGUUGUCAUGCCUAAAUGGCAGCUGUGUACAUCCCUGCCUUAGCUUCAGUUUCUAGUCAGGCAAGUCAUUUUCAUUCCAGUUCUAAACUACUGAUUUCUCCAGUCAGUGCUGUUGCCUAUACUAUGGUGUAAACCAGUCUCCCAGUUUUAUGUUCCUGGCAGAAGCCCUGUGGCUUUGCAGACCAAGCCCCAGGAGUACUGCUUGCUUCACUAAGCCAUCGAGUCUUUAGUGCCACUGUGUUGUCAUGACAUCCACUGUUUGCUUCACCACACCCUUGUCUACCAACAGUUGCUAUCUCCACCUGUUUUUAGUACAUUUGUGUGAACUUCUGGUGUGAAUAUAUUAUAUUCCACUGAGAACUCAGCUUGACAAGGUAUAUUGUCAAGCUGAGUUCCAUGCCUGGUGACAUCAUAGGUGGUCAGUUAAAAGACCCCUGCUUUCUAGUGAUGUCAUAGAGUGGUCUGAUGCUCCACAAGAUGGCUACCAAAACAGCUGAUUCCUGCUACCAGGAUGCUGGUCACCACCUGGCCUCUCACCUAAAGUUUCUUGCAUUUUAAUUUUAGCCUAAGUAAUAUUGCUACUGUUUGUUGCAUUAUUGUUUCAUUCCUUUCAUUUUGUGACUAUUUCAACUGUGUCUUACUUUUCUCACCAUUCUGUUAUUGAUGUUACUGUGCUUUGUUUUCUGGUGUCCUGGGGCACUGUUGUGUGUACUUAGGAAAGUGUUCCUUGUCUUUAUCUCUUGGUGCUGUUCUGGGUUUCUUCAGAGACUUCAGUGCUCGUGUGUACAUUAUUGUUGCAGUUAGUGUUCUUGUCUUCAUCUAUGACUGUAUAAUAACUCAUUUUGAUAGUAUUGCUUGACAGCACCACUCUACAUUUUUCUAUUACAGGUACUCGUUAGUGACGAUGUUGCUUUUGUGUACCUUGUGAUCCUAAAGUUUAAUAUUAUUUGUUUGCAUAUGCUAAUUUGCUACUGUUUUCCAGAGUUACGAGUGAUGUGUUUAUGGCAGCCACUUGCAACAUUUUGUUGCAUUGUUCAUGGGAAGUUGUCUUGAUGUCACUUGUAUGUGAGCUAGACAUUAUUGUUUUACUGUGAGUUAUUUCUAUUAAUUUUUGUGGGAGUGUUAGUGUAAUUCUCUGCUCUUUAUAUAUUUUUUAUAGACUAUUCUCUGCCUGCAAUACUCAGAGUAUCUUGUUUUGGGAAUAAGCCUGUUGACUAUGCUAGGUAAAGUAUAUGGUAGAGCUGUUAUUGAAAGAAUUAAAGGUAAGUUGAAGAGCAAGAUUGCAAAUGAACAAGGUUUUAGGAUGGGUAGAUGUGUAGAUAUUGGCAGUUUGGAGGGAUAUGUUGUGUAUCUUUAUACGUAUAUGUUUCUAAACUGUUGUAUUCUGAGCACCUCUGCAAAAACAGUGAUUAUGUGUGAGUGAGAUGAUGAAUGAUGAUGAAAGUAUUUUCUUUUUGGGGAUUUUCUUUCUUUUUGGGUCACCCUGCCUCGGUGGGAGACGGCCGACUUGUUAAAAAAAAAAAAAAAGGAUGUGUAGACCAAGUGUUUACAUUAA